AUGCCACUAACGCUCGUCCCGCCUUCUUACUGGGAGGACAUUCAAAAGUUUCAUAUCUUGGCGACUGCGGUUUCUCAGGAUGAAAAGACCGUGGUGAAAGUUUCUAGAAAGGACCGUGGGGUGAAGUUCUUUUUGGAUCUAUGGGAUUUGAAAGGCUACCACUACUUCUCCGACAGCCAGAAGAAGAAAGAUCUGAUCAAGUCAAGACGACCAGUGGCAUGGAUAGCAUGCACGAUCGAUGGAGUAGAAAGUCUCGACAUGUCGUUCCUCGAUGUCGCCUUGUCGAGCAAUGGAGAGCUUGUGACUGUGUUUGAUAAACCUCGCGGCACAAGAGCAGCAGCAGCAGCAGCAGCAGAAGUUACGACGGUCAAGAAACAGGUGUCUGAAAAGGAAACGUCGGCAGUCAGUGGUGGUGAUAAUUAUGCUGUCCCUCAGAGCAAAGGAUUCAAGGAAGUUCAAUACGACAAGGUAUCGCCACUCUUUAAUUUUGCCGGCUUUGAAAAGUUUCAACACCGUUCGGAGCAAUGCAGCUGUGACAACAGGCAGUCAACAAAUCCGAAAGAGUUUGUCCUAGUCACUUGCAGCGGUCGCUGCUUGGAGGUGUAUGAGGCUCGAACAGGACUUGAGCUGCUCUACAGUCCUUAG